GUCGCACUGUCAUGCAGCUUUGUGCCGUUCGACCACCUCAAACAAACGCGCAAAUCUUACUUCCGAGUCAGGCGAAACCGGGAUCGGGAUACCGACGCUGCCAGCUCGUCUCAGACAUCUAGCAUGGCAUAUACGCUUGCAGACCAACCUUUGGCGGAGACAGGUGGACAGAGCGCUGGCCCUUCGAGAGCGGGCGGCACCGGGGCGCCUGCGCUCGGCUCGCCUGACAUCGGAUCAGGCCAUGCAGGCGCUCAACAAUCCCAUGAUAGCAGAUUGCCUGCCUCCACGGAUAGCGGCGCUCAUGUUUGGGCCGAGAAGGGACAUGCGGGGCCAAACGGCGCAGGAGGCUCAUCGCGAGGUCCAAGCCGAGCUGCCGAGUAUGCGAGAGCGUACAAGGGAAGCACUGGGCAAUUAUCGGCCGCACCUUCCGUCUCGUCUUUAAGUCAUGGCGCUCAGGGUCAGCAACCACAUGAUCACUCGCAGCCAGCCCAGUCGCGGUCACAUAGCAAGGACAAGGAUGCAUAUCCACUCGAAGUACUCAACGAGAAAGAGAGCGGAGCGUACGCCAGGUGAUCUCCAAUCUCGUGCUGGAUCGCGAUCGCGACUGCUAUUGGCCCAGCGCUUGAUUUUC